GUAACCGGUGUUGUAUGUUUUCCCCGGUGGCCGAUAAAGGCGGCACGCAACAACUCGGAGGAAUAAAGAAAGAUAGCCGAGGUGGUUCCCUACCGUGCGGAGCUCUCGCGGCGAGGGGGCCACAGGCGACGAGCAGCAGCAGCGUCGCAGCGGCGGCAGCGGUGGCCUGCAGCAUGGUUCUUCUUCGGUGACGGUGACCCGCUCGGACAGCCGGCGCACUGACUGUCGCCGCAGUGCCCCCUCGAUGGAGCUCUUCGCUGCAGGCUGCGGCGUUUCUGCCAGGCCCCCAGCCAACGAGAGCCGCAUCGUGGGCGGAACGCCGACCGACAUCGACCAGUGGCCCUGGCAGGUGUCGCUGCACCACCGCCGUCCUUCUUCAGGCGCACCUGGACGUCGGCUCUGCGCGGCGAGCCUCGUGUCUGCAUCAUGGCUCCUCACCGCCGCUCACUGCCUGCUAGACCCCGCAGCGACCGACGGCGCAGGGCGCCUGCUGCCCGACUGGCCUGUGGUUAGCCUGCCGGGCUGGCCAGUGUGUGCGCCUGCGCCGGCUAGCAGUGCACGCAAGGUUCCGGCGUCACAACUAUACGCAUGACGUGGCACUCGCCGAGUUGGUGCAGCCACUUCCUGAACCCGCUGCGCCCAUCUGCUUGCCCUUGUCCUCCGGAGGAUCCGCAGCUGU